UUGAGAUAACUCGAGCUAAACAUAUUCAAGGUACUUGAAUCUUCCAAUAGCAUAUUCUCGGCAGUCCACUGAGGUUAUUCCAAACACAAUCAAGCCUGCAUUUUCUAUUCCAUUGAUCACGUCUCCCACUAACUCUCACUGUUCUUGAUUCUUCUCCGGCCAUGGCACGGUGGUUGCCACCUCUUGCUCAUCUGAACCUAAUAACCAUCUUGUCUUGUACCCUUUACUCUCUUCUCUUCAAUUCAAUCCCCACCGCUGGAUUUCACCAUGAUCAGCAGCAGCACAGCACCGCCAUUAGGCUCAAACCAUGGCAGCUAGCAACUACGUUCAAGAUUGCUCUGUUUGCUGACUUACACUUCGGAGAAGAUGGUUGGACUGACUGGGGACCUCAACAAGACAUUAAUUCUAUCAAAGUCAUGUCCACUGUGCUUGAUCAUGAAUCUCCAGAUUUUGUAGUGUAUCUCGGAGAUGUAGUUACAGCCAACAAUAUCCCAAUUGCAAAUGCUAGUUUGUACUGGGAUGAAGCCACCUCUCCUACAAGAGCUAGAGGUAUACCCUGGGCUAGUGUUUUCGGGAACCACGAUGAUGCGCGGUUUGAUUGGCCGGUGGAGUGGUUUUCAUCCCCUGGAAUUCCUCCUGUUCAUUGCCAUGCUGCUACUAAUUCGUCGCAUUCAGAAUCCUGCAGCUUCCGGGGCACGAAUCGGAUAGAGCUGAUGAAAAAUGAGAUUAAGCAUAAUAACUUAUCAUUUUCGAGAAAAGGUCCUGAAGAUUUAUGGCCAAGUGUUUCCAACUACGCCAUCCAAGUUGCAUCCUCCAGUGAUCCUAAAGAAAAAGUUAUGAUCAUGUAUUUCCUAGAUUCUGGUGGUGGUUCUUAUCCAGAAGUUAUAUCAAAUGCCCAAGCAGAAUGGUUCCGGCUCAAAUCUCGAGAGAUCAAUCCCGAUUCAAGGGUUCCUGAAAUUGUCUUUUGGCAUAUACCAAGCAAAGCAUAUCAGAAAGUGGCUCCUUGGUUUUUCAUAUACAAGCCUUGCGUUGGCUCUAUUAACUUGGAACGCGUCGCUGCUCAAGAAGAGGAAUUUGGUAUCAUGGACAUUCUUGUUAAAAGACCUUCUGUCAAGGCAGUUUUUGUAGGACAUAACCAUGGAUUAGACUGGUGCUGCCCUUAUAGUAAGCUGUGGCUGUGCUUUGCUAGGCAUACUGGAUAUGGUGGCUAUGGAAAUUGGGACAGAGGAGCUAGAAUUGUGGAGAUGACUGAGCAACCAUUUUCUAUCAAGUCAUGGAUAAGGAUGGAAGAUGGUAAUGUACACAGUGAAGUUCUCUUGAGUUCUUGACAUGUUUUUCUUUAAUAAUUGAACUCUAAAGUGCAAAUAGCUCAAUUAGUCGAAAAAGAAGUCGAGUCAAUUGGCGGUCUUGACAUGUACAUACGGGGCCGUUCAGCUUCGGUUUAUGUGGGUUAUAAGCUUUGGAUGAGAAGGUAUUUAUAGUUCAAAAUAUCACGUCUAUUAAAUGGUUGAUGAGCA